GACGUCGACUUGUUUAGUCGGCAAUUCGUUGGCCGAGUUUGAGGGUUUCCAGACCUUGCCCGACGUGGAGAUUCUCGUCUUUGCAGGUGGAGAGACGGCUGUGGUCGCUGACCUGUGGCCGCACAUCACGAAAGUCAAAUGGAUCCACAGCCUUGCUGCAGGCGUUGAGUCGCUGGUUCCAGUGAUCAACUCCCUGCCAGGUGGCCGAGAGAUCCCGCUGACCAAUGCCAAGGGUGCCUACUCAAGAUACUUGGCCGAGUAUUCCCUCGCAGCCAUGCUGCACUUCAAGCAAAUCCCCAGACUGCAGAGUAACCGGGUCACGAAGACCUGGGACAAAUUUAUCAUGAAUGAGCUGCACGGGCAAACGGUGGGCUUCAUCGGCUUUGGUGACAUUGCGCAAUGUACGGCUCCGCUUUGCAAGGCUUUCGGCAUGAGGAUCCUCGCCUGGAGGAACAGCCGGGGAGCUCCUGGUGAGGAGUUGGCCGACGAAGUCUUCUACUCCAGCGAUGGGCUGAGCGCAAAGCAGGAGCUGUUCAGACAGUCGGACUAUGUCGUUUGCACACUGCCCGGUGGCGCGGCAACCUACCAUUGCUGCGCGGCACCUUAG